AUGGCAUCAGCUCGCGCCCUCCUACAUAUUCCUAAGUUGGAGGUACCUAAAGUUGGCUUGCCCGAUCUUUCAAACCCCACCGUGGCCAAAGUUCCAAUCCCUUCAGAUCUUCCCAAGUUGGAAGUGCCAAUAGUUACCUUGCCCGAUGUUGGUAAUCCCACUAUGCCCAAACUUCCAAAUCCCACAACUCUCCUACCAGGACGCGGCCUCCUAGAUCUUCCCAAGUUGGAAGUGCCUAUAGUUACCUUGCCCGAUGUUGGUAAUCCCACUGUGCCCAAACUUCCAAAUCCCUCAACUCUCCUACCAGGUCGCGGCCUCCUAGAUCUCCCCAAGUUGGAAGUGCCUGUAGUCACCUUGCCAAAUCUUGGUAACCCCACCUUGCCCAAACUUCCAAUAAUUCCCACAACAGUUUUACCAGGUCGCGGACUCUUAGAUCUUCCUAAGGUUGAAGUGCCUAUAGUUACCUUGCCCGAUCUUGCUAACCCCACACUACCCAAACUUUCAAAUCCCACAACAGUCAUACCAGGUCGCGAACUCUUAGAUCUUCCUAAGUUGGGAGUGCCUACAGUCCCCUUGCCUAAUGUUGGUAAUCCUACGUUGCCCAAUCUUCCUAAUCCCACGACGCUCGUGCCUACACUCCCCUUAGUACCCAAGCUUCCUUUGCCCACAGAACUUCCUAAUCCCACAAUUCCUCAGAUCCCAUAA